CAAGCCGGGCGCGUACGGGUGUGUCCGUAUGAGGUGGGCGUGAGCCGAGCUGGGCGUGUACGGAUGUGUCCGUAUGAGGUGGGCGUGAGCCAAGCUGGGCGUGUACGGGUGUGUCCAUAUGCAGUAGGUAAGAGCCGAGCUGGGCUUGUACAGGUGUGUCCGUAUGCGGUAGGUGUGAACCAAGCCAGGCGUGUAUGGGUGUGUCCGUAUGAGGUGGGCGUGAGCCGAGCCAGGUGUGUACGGGUGUGUCUGUAUGAGGUGGGCGUGAGCCGAGCCAGGCGUGUACGGGUGUGUCCGUAUGAGGUGGGCGUGAGCCGAGCCAGGCGUGUACGGGUGUGUCUGUAUGAGGUGGGCGUGAGCCGAGCCAGGCGUGUACGGGUGUGUCUGUAUGAGGUGGGCGUGAGCCGAGCCAGGCGUGUACGGGUGUGUCCGUAUGAGGUGGGCGUGAGCCGAGCCAGGCGUGUACGGGUGUGUCUGUAUGAGGUGGGCGUGAGCCGAGCCAGGCGUGUACGGGUGUGUCUGUAUGAGGUGGGCGUGAGCCGAGCCAGGCGUGUACGGGUGUGUCCGUAUGAGGUGGGCGUGAGCCGAGCCAGGCGUGUACGGGUGUGUCCGUAUGAGGUGGGCGUGAGCCGAGCCAGGCGUGUACGGGUGUGUCUGUAUGAGGUGGGCGUGAGCCGAGCCAGGCGUGUACGGGUGUGUCCGUAUGAGGUGGGCGUGAGCCGAGCCAGGCGUGUACGGGUGUGUCCGUAUGAGGUGGGCGUGAGCCGAGCUGGGCGUGUACGGGUGUGUCUGUAUGAGGUGGGCGUGAGCCGAGCCGGGCGUGUACGGGUGUGUCCGUAUGAGGUGGGCGUGAGCCGAGCCAGGCGUGUACGGGUGUGUCUGUAUGAGGUGGGCGUGAGCCGAGCCAGGCGUGUACGGGUGUGUCUGUAUGAGGUGGGCGUGAGCCGAGCCAGGCGUGUACGGGUGUGUCCGUAUGAGGUGGGCGUGAGCCGAGCCGGGCGUGUACGGGAGCCGGGCGAGUCUCCCCUCCACCGCACAGAGCGCCUUUCCCAGCAAGGGGCAGAGUGGGAUUAA